AUGUUCUCUCGCCGGUUCAACCCCUUAACAGACAUCCCCGACCUCACGGGUCGCGUCGCCCUAGUCACAGGUGCCAACUCCGGAAUGGGCUACCAGACCGCCCUCCAGCUCGCAUCGCACGGCGCCAAAGUCUGGCUCACGACUCGCUCCGAAGCUAAGGCGUUGGAUACUGUGCGGAGGAUGGAAGAAGCCGACCCGGGCUUGAAGGGGUCGGGACGGUUGAAUUGGUUGGUGCUGGAGUUGAGCUCUGUGGCGGGUACGAAAGCUGCUGCGGAGGAGUUCUUGACUAAAGAGGAGAGACUGGAUAUCCUUGUCAAUAACGCUGCUCAGCUAGCCUCGGAUUUCAGGAUUACGUCGGAGGGGUUGUCCGAUAUCUUCGCUGCUGACCAUGUUUCCCCUUUCGCAUUCACGACGACUCUUCUGCCCCUGCUCGAGAAGACCGCCAAGCUCCCCGGAUCAGACGUGAGAGUCAUCACCGUAGCCUCCUCUCAGCAUUUCAAAGCUCCUACGACGAACGCCUUUCUCACCCCAGCGGAUUUCCGCGAUCCCUGCGGGCCAGAAGCACGCUUGAACAGCAACAGUCAACGGCUAGUGCGAUACGCACAAGCCAAGCUUGCAAAUAUCCUAUUUGCCAAGGAGCUUCAGAAACGCUGGGACGCGGCUGGCGUGCCUGCUUUGUCCAUCUCGCUCCAUCCGGGGGACGUCGCUACUGAGGGAGCAGAACGGAUGGUCCGUUCUUUCGGGGGUGGACUAAUCUGGCCCCUUGUUACCCCAUUCAUCAUGACCUCUCUGCAAGGCGCCACUACAGGACUGUUCGCGGCCACAUCCCCAGAAGUGCUGAAAGAGAAGGACAAGUAUAAAGGACAGUAUCUUGUGCCUUAUGGGUGUGUAGCGAGACCGAGCGAGCUGGCUAGGCGGGAGGGGCUGUCCGAGGCGCUGUGGACGUUGAGCGAGCGGGUUGUGGGUGAGAUUAUAGAGAAGGGAAAGGUGGAGUGAUCGACAUCCAAAACAGAAUGCUGCAUACAUUAACUGCACACACUUGUUUCGCCUUCUCAUGCUGUGGAUAAACAAGUCUUGGUUCUGCC